AGAUAUUGUAUUUAUGUAUCGUCUACGAUGUAUAGUGUAACCUAUGAACGUUGUACGCGCGUUACUAUUUUGUGAAAAACUAAAAGCAGAAAAAAGACAGAGAAGGAAUAAAAGAAAGGAAGAUAGAAAAAAAAAUAAUCGAUAUUUGCGAACCAACGAUAAUAAUCACAGAAUACAGUCGCGUGUGCUCAGCUCUUUUUCUUAACAGGCCUUACUCUUAUUGAUCCGAACAAAAGCGAUUCUUUUUGAACGCGCGCACGAUCUCUCUUUCAUAUCCAUUUGUAGCGUAUAAAUAUAUGUGUACAUGUGUGUGCGUGUGUAUAACUAGUUUUUAUUUACAACUUAUUUGACUAUUGCAAAACUCGAUCGCGUUGAACUUCUGCAUUUUGAGAAAAAUGGCCAAAUAUAUUGUAUUAAUCUAUCAAAGAUAAUGAUGCAAAAUUCAAAGGCAAGCAUAAAUAAAUAAGGGGAAUAAUCUUUGAUCUGUAGAUCAUUACUAAUGAGACGGAAUGUUUGUAAGAGAUUGGUCGAGCAUUCAAACGUGGAAUGAAUGAGGAAGAGUUAUUGACACGGUCAGCUGCAGAGCGUGAUAGAAUAUUCAGCUGCUAUGACCGUGGCAGAGAACAUGGAGCCCAAAUUGAUGCAUGGGAAGAUCCUGGUUAUGAAGUUUAUCAUACUACAGAUAGAUAUGGAUUUAUACACGAUAAGCGAUUACCACGAAGGUUAGGUGCAAAUGAAAUAAGACUUGAUCAAAUAGAAAUACAAAGAUUGAAAAAAUGGGAGAAGAUGACAAAACAAUGGGAGAGUUCAUCAACUAAGGAGAAAUUACGUCGUAGAAUAUAUAAAGGUAUUCCAAAUAGAUUUAGAGGUCAAGUAUGGACUUUAUUACUAGGAAUAAAAACUCUAAAGGAAGAACAAGCAGGCAAGUAUGAAGAAAUGCUUAAACUUGCACGUCAUUGGUCCACUGAAAUUCGACAAAUUGAUGCUGAUGUUGCUAGACAAUAUAGGGAUCAUAUCAAUUAUAGGGAGAGAUAUAGCAUAAAACAACGGUCUAUGUUCUAUGUAUUAGCUGCUUAUAGUAUGUACAACAUGGAAGUCGGUUAUUGUCAAGGAAUGUCAGUUUUGGCUGGAUUACUUUUACUGUAUAUGGAUGAAGAAGAUGCAUUUUGGGGUUUGUCUGUAUUACUUGCCGAUAAAAAAUAUAGUAUGCACGGAUUUUAUGUUGAUGGUUUUCCUAAACUAAAUCGCUUCAUCGAACAUCACGAUAAAAUAAUGAAUAAAUUUCUACCAAAACUAAAACGAAAACUUGAUAAGUGUGGUUGCGAUUCUAUAUUAUAUGCAUUGAAAUGGUUCUUUGUUGUUUUCCAAGAACGAACGCCUGUUAGCCUUGGUCUGCGUAUUUGGGAUAUAUUUUUACUGGAUGGAGACCGCAUUUUACCUGCAAUGGCAUAUACUAUUAUGAAAAUGCAUAAACGUAAUUUAAUGCCGAUGGAAAGUCUUGAUGAAUUUUGUAAUUAUUUGCAAAUUAAAUUGGAACAAGACUUUGGAUUUAAUGAUGAUACCGUAAUUAAUACCAUGGAACGUUGCAUGGAAGAACUAAAACGUGCCAAAUUAGAAUAUCCAGGUCCUCCCUUACCACAUGAAUUACCACAGUAUCCAGUUGGUACAUUUAAAGAACCCUCUUUCACUAGCAAGGUUGGACGACGUAGUGAAGAGUUCAGUGAAGCACAACAUAUGAUGCGCGAGUCGGUAGUACAACGAAGGGAUAUGGCUCUCGUCGAGGAAGGCAGAGAAAGUACAACGCCAGUUGAUCCAAGUAGUGGUGGCCUUGGUGGGAGCAAAUUCUCAUUUGAUCCAAGUCUUGACGAUGGUGCGUCUCCCAAUGGCUCACAUCGGUCUUUGGCUGACACAUCUGUUACCUCCACAGCUGAUCUUUCUGUAUUUAGUUCCGCGACACGGUCUCAAGCAUUAGACAAUAGUCUUGAUACUCAAAGCAAUCUUUCUAAUGGUAGUUCUGGUAGUGGUGGUUUGCUUACACCAAGGGCAACGCCUCAUCAUCCAAGUCCAGAUAUUGUACGAAUCUAUGUACCAUAUACUUCACCUUCCGCAACUUCGUACAAGGACGAUCUUCCUCGCACCCUUCCUCGGUCUUUAGAAACAAAUAGAAUCCGCAUACGUGUUGAUCCCGAUCAAACUCCUAUAGUAGAACACCUUAAGCCACUUUCUUUAGAUAGUCCAGAGUUUGAACUAGAUCUAAAAUAA